AUGACGCCAAACGAUUGGGUCAAUUGGGGAGGAUGGAAGGGUAUAAGAGGGGAUGAUGCGACGGCGUUCUGGACGACCUCGAUCUGGUGGAUUGCCGCACUCAUCGCCCUCUCGCAGUGUAUCUGGAUGCUGUAUUCUCGCCGAACGGCAAAGCAACCAUUCGAGAAAGGACAGAAGCAGCAAAGCAUGGUCACACGCGGACCCCUUCUCCUGUCGGCAGUCGCCAUCAUGGCGCUCUGCACGAUGGCGAGAGUCGCGGAUCUGGGACAACCGCUUGUACGCCAGUACCUGGCCUCAACCACAAUCGACAGCAGCAUCUCUCAGUUCACAGUUCCCGCAUCGGCAGAUGAGGGAGCUCCUCUCAUCCCUAACGUCAAGGACCCCGAGGCAAUUGACCCCCAAAGUGUCUGUCCGGGAUACACUGCUUCAAACGUGCAGACGACUUCACAUGGAUUCACUGCCGAACUUGACCUUGCCGGUUCAGCUUGCAAUCUGUAUGGAAACGAUGUCGAGGCUUUGUCACUCAUUGUCGAGUACCUGGCAACGGACCGCCUCCAUGUCCAGGUUCUGCCGCGAUACAUCGGCACCGAUAAUUCCACCUGGUUCAUCCUCCCUGAAGAGCUCGUCCCGAAGCCCGCUGCAGACGGUGAGGGGUCAGAUGGUGACUUGGAGUUCAAGUGGGCGAACGAGCCGACAUUUGGAUUCAAUGUCUCGAGGAAGAGCACAGGUGACGUCUUGUUCACAACUGCUGGGACAAAGCUGGUGUUUGAAGAUCAGUUUUUCGAGAUUGCUUCUCCGCUUCCCGAGAACUACAACCUAUACGGACUUGGCGAGGUUAUCCAUGGCUUUAAGCUCAACAACAACCUUACCCGAACCAUUUAUGCCGCUGAUGUAGGAGAUCCGAUUGAUGGAAACAUCUACGGUUCCCAUCCUGUCUAUCUCGACACGCGCUAUUACCAAGUGGAUGCCGAUUCCAAGGAGACCGUCUACGUUGCAAAUGCUACCGACAAGAACGCAGAGUACACAUCGUACACCCAUGGCGUCUUCAUGCGCAACGCUCACGCACAGGAGAUCUUGCUGCGGGAAUCCAAUAUCACCUGGAGAGGCCUCGGCGGCACCAUUGACUUGUACUUCUAUGCCGGUCCGACCGCGGAUGCCGUGAUGAAGUCUUAUCAGAAGACCACUGUUGGGCUGCCCGUGAUGCAGCAGUAUUGGACGUUCGGUUUCCAUCAGUGCAGAUGGGGCUACACGAGCUGGGACAACCUGCAAGAGAUUGCGGACGAGUUUGCCAAGUUUAAGAUUCCUCUAGAGACGCUUUGGGCGGACAUCGACUACAUGAACCAAUAUCGGGACUUCGAGGAUGACCAAAACUCAUGGGGUUACGAGGAUGCCGCUCGCGUUCUUAGCAACCUACACAAGAACGGGCAGCAUUUCGUACCCAUCGUCGACUCCGCCAUCUACGCCCCUAACCCAGAGAACGCCAGUGACGCCUACGCGACAUAUGACCGCGGAGUCGAUGCGGACGCCUUUGUGCUAAAUCCUGACGGAUCCCUCUACAUUGGCGCGGUCUGGCCCGGCUACACCGUGUUCCCUGACUGGGUUGGUGCUGUUUUCAACGGAAGCAAAACCUUUGAGUGGUGGACGACGGAACUAGUGACUUGGUUCCAAAAGGUUGCGUUCGACGGCAUCUGGAUCGACAUGUCCGAGGUAUCGUCCUUUUGCGUCGGCAGCUGUGGCAGCGGCAACCUCACUCUCAACCCCGCCCACCCCCCUUUCUCGCUGCCCGGCGAGCCCGGUAACGAAGUUCUCCAGUACCCGGAAGGCUUCAACAGGACGAACGGCACCGAAGCCGCCGCGGUAUCAUCUCUCUCCUCGUCCCUCGCUGCCGCGCAGUCCACCACCGCCGCGACCCCGUCAUCCUCCACAACAACGUCAUACCUGCGCACCACGCCAACCCCAGGCGUUCGCAACGUUAAUCACCCACCCUACGUAAUCGACCACAUCCAAGGCGACCUCGCCGUGCACGCCGUGUCACCUAACGCAACCCACCACGGCGGCUCCCAGGAAUACGACUUCCACAACCUAUUUGGCCACCAGAUCCUCAACGCAACCUACCAAGCCCUCCUUUUCGUCUUCCCUGGGAAGCGCCCCUUCAUCAUCGGCCGCUCGACCUUUGCCGGGUCCGGGAAAUGGGCCGGCCACUGGGGCGGCGACAACGCCUCGCUCUGGGCGUACAUGUUCUUCUCGAUCCCGCAGGCGCUCAGCUUCAGCAUCUUUGGCAUCCCAAUGUUCGGCGUCGACACGUGCGGGUUCAACGGCAACACCGACAUGGAGCUCUGCUCCCGGUGGAUGCAGCUCAGCGCCUUCUUCCCGUUCUACAGGAACCACAACGUGCUGGGGGCCAUCCCGCAAGAGCCGUACCGGUGGAGCGCCGUGGCGGACGCGUCGCGGACGGCGAUGGCGAUCCGGUACGCGCUGCUGCCGUACAUGUACACUGCGUUUUACAAGGCGCAUACGCUGGGUGACACGGUCAUGAAGGCGCUGGCGUGGGAGUUUGCGGACGAGCCGUGGCUUGCUGCCGCAGAUAGGCAGUUUCUGCUCGGGCCGGCGGUCCUGGUUACGCCUUGCCUUGAGCAAGGGGCUAGCACCGUCGAUGGCGUCUUCCCUGGUGUUGGCAAGGGCACGGUGUGGUAUGACUGGUACAACCAGUCUGCGAUCACGGGUGUAUCAUCAGGGCAGAACGUCACCAUCAACGCUCCGCUCGGGCAUAUCCCGGUUUAUAUCCGUGGCGGUUACGUUAUUCCAACGCAGGAGCCAGGUUCGACGACGUCGGAAAGCAGAUCUAACCCCUGGGGCCUAUUGGUCGCACUCGAUGGUAAGGGCGCUGCCACGGGCAGUCUUUACGUGGACGAUGGCGAGAGCUUGGAGCAGGAAGCGACGCUUACUGUAGAGUUCUCCGCUUCUGCAAACGCGUUGAAGGCCACUCCGUCUGGCGAUUUCAAAGACUCGAACCCUCUUGAUACCCUUACGGUUAUGGGAAUCCAGAGUGGUGUCUCGGCGGUAGCUCUCAACGGACAGGAUCUCGAUGGCACAGACUGGUCCUUUGACUCGGCUACUCACGCCCUUCAAGUGACUGAUCUGAAGUCUCUCACUUCCGAAGGCGCGUGGUCAAAGUCAUGGGAACUCACCUGGUCUUGA